AUGAAUGGAACCUGCUGCUCAAGAAGCCGCUCGCUGCCGCUGCCACAAGGGCCGACCUUCAGACCACCUCCGGGCUCGCGACGAAAUGGAGUUGAGCACAGCGAUGCCCGCGGCCGCGCGGCCUCCUCCUCCCUCGCCUCCCCUUCCGCCUCCGCCGCUCCUCUCCCUGCCCCUCAACUCCUCCUUUCCGGUGACGACGUCCGAGCUCGAAGACGAAAUGAGCGAGCAAAACCGCCAGGCGCAAACCCAGAGACGCCAUCCGCAGGCAACAGCAGCAAGCAGGAGGAGUGGCUUCCGUCAUCUCAGGAAUGCUCGAUAAGGUCAUCCCCGCCAGACAGACCAAUCACAAAGGAAAAGGAACAGCAGGUUAAGGAUGUCAGCUCGGAGAAAAGAGGCCACGACAAAAGCGCAGACGGCAUAUCGCUACAGGGGAGGAGGCCAACGUCUGAGCAUGCCCAUGAAGCAGCAGCAACAGCAGCAACAGCAGCAAGCAGUAAGCCCUCCUCUGUUCAGAAAAAAGAGACUGUAGGACCGCAAGCAAAUCCAAGAAGGACCGACCAAGAAGAGAGGCGUGUAUCGACGAUGGAGCCAACUAGAGAGGCCGCCGCAGAGCACUCCCAGUUUUCCAGCGUCGACGGCAUUGGAUCGCAGGCGAACCCAGGAAGGAUCAACCAAGAUCAAGGGAGGCGUGUAUCAACAAAAGGGCCAGGAGAGGCCAUGCACUACCGAUUUCCGAGUGCCGACGGCGUCAGAUCGGAAGCGAGCCCAAUACCCAGAAAAGAAGAUCAGCCAAGAAGAAAUUCACAAAUCUACUAGGGAGCCACCGGAUCCAGGCAUGCAUGGCUCCAUCUUUACACGCCUGCAUGGUAUAAGCUAGAGACAUAUUCAAGGCUCAGAUCACUAUAAAAAGGCAUGAUUUGAGUCACUGCUGUGAUAGAGAAGCACAACCGCGGUGCUAAGAUAAGUGUGAAACUCUAAACUCUGCUCCUUUUCAUUGCGUCUCUUCUUUUAUCACAGUGAUUGAGAUGUAAAAGAUGUUUACGUUUAUGCAUCUACUUCUACAUAUGUUUGAGACGUGCGUGGAAUUUGUAAAUUGAGUAAAUAUUUCUAUUAUUGUUAAUUUUUUGA